AUCUAAGUGUGCAAUAUAAAGAAACAAUUAAAUUGGUCAAUGUUAUCCAAAUCUUCUUUUGGUGAUCUUGUGUGUAUAUAAGACCCAAUAUUUUAUCACUUCAACAUAACUGCUCCAUAUCUAGCUGUCAUUCAUUUCUUUCUUCUUGAUAUAUAUAUACAUAAAAUGAAUGGUAAGGCAAAGAAUUUUUUUCUAGAGAUGAAUGUGAAGAGAAUGAUGGGUGGUGAUGUGAUUAAGGAAGAUGGUGAAGAUAGCAAUGAUUCAUCAUCCAUUGGGUUGUUCUCAGAAGACUCAAUGGACUCUCUGCGUUCUUCUUCUUCUUCAUCAGAGUUGACGGAGGACGCAUCCUCUUCAGCAUCUUCGUCAUCAACACAUUCAAAUGGACCUUUGUAUGAAUUCUCAGAUCUCAUGAACCAUCUCCCUAUAAAGAGAGGGUUAUCUAUGUUCUAUCAAGGGAAGGCACAAUCUUUCACUUCUUUAGCUAGGGUGGAGAGCAUAGAAGAUCUUCCCAAGAAAGGGACACCUUAUAAAAAGAGAAUGAAAUCAUGCAAAAGUUUUGGGGGAGGCUUGGAUAGUCAUCACAGAAUAUUGUACAGUCCAAAGGCUACAAUAUCAAAGAAAGCUUCAAGGGGGUCUUUUGCAUUUGUACUAAGCAAAAGAGGGAGUUUCCUAGGAGGGUCUAGGCCUUCUAUUGCUCUUAACAAGAACUUAUGAAAUCAAGCCUUUUAGAGUUGUUGCUUAUUUCAUGUACAAAAUCCAGAAAAUUUUGAAUCAUGCAGCUUUAGCCUAUUGAGUCAAAGCCAUGUGAUCAAUUAGCUACAUAUAUUUGAUUCAUUAUUGCUUUGUUUUCCACUGUGGUGUGAUCCUUGAUCUUACAUACCACUCUGACUCAGUGAUUGCCAAUAAAUAAGGCUUUUCAUCCCAAGUUAUUACCUUAAUUCUUGUGACACCAAAUCCUUUUUGAGAUCAAAUUUUUGGUUUUAUGUAAUAUGUACACACAUCAGAUGGAUAUAUUUUGAAGGGAAAACUUCAAAACA